AUGAGCAGCAGAGUAGAAAGCCGUUCUACUGGUCGUAAAACCAUUAGCCAAUAUUUGGCUAAAUAUCUCUCUAAAUCUUUCCAUCUCCGUAAUCUUUACCAGCAACAUGGGCUUAACAGCAAAAACAAGACCUACCGCUUUUUUAAAAAUCUUUACCAAUACGAAACCCACCAAGCCACAGUCUCUAAUGGUUCUAAACAGGAUUUUCUCACCGGCAGAUAUCUAGCUCCUAAUCAACAUAUUUUCCGUAAGUCAGAUAACACUUGCUAUUAUCGUGCUAAUGAGCAACUCAUUGGGCAUUGUGCCAAACCUUUAAUCAUUAAAAAAAGUUACCGUUUAGGUUAUCAUGCUUUAAGCACACUACCCCUUUGCCAAUUAGCUCAACCGACUAAACAGUCAGUCUCCUUAGCUUUCCGUAAAAAACCAGCCACUAAAAUCGUCCCUGCUGACUUUCAAGAAUACUUAAUUUCUAGCUUGCUUUUAAUGAGUAAAAAAGCCGAGUUCCAUCAUUUACCUCUCGAGCAGCAAAAAGUGCCACAAACCCAAAGCAAAUGCGACCAAUUAGACUACACGCACUUCCAAAAAAUGCCAGUUCUCCGCUUCAAAUUUGCUAAGGAGAAUGCUAAUUUAAUCCAAGAAUUCAUGCUUAAUCUCGACCACCAAGCCCAAGAGUUUGAUAUUGAAGAGAAACAAAGCUUUUUAGAUAGUCGUUUCCCUAAUCCAACCAUUGCUCGCAAUGCUUAUCUCAAUCAAUGA